UGCUCGCCUGCCUGCUGCUCGUCUGGCUGACUGGCUACGUUGACGUCAGCGCGGUGUUGAUUUGCUAAAGCGAGAGAAGAAAGGAGUUAGUGCGUGUUGAGAGAGCGGGUACUGCGAACUGCCUUACUAUGCUGUAGCCCCAAUCCCCUUCACUAUACGGAAUCAAAACGUGCAACUUAGGUUUCAUCUUGUUUACAAAGAUAGCUAAAAACACUGCUGAACGGGGAAGGCGAGCCUCAUGAGUCGGCUUCGUGAAUUGCAUCGACGCAAUGGAUUUAAGUAAAAUGGGUAUGAUCCAACUCCAGAACCCCAACCAUCCCACUGCCCUUCUGCAGAAGGCCAAUCAGAUGCGCCUGGCUGGGACUCUGUGUGACGUGGUCAUCAUGGUAGACAGCCAGGAGUUCCACGCACACCGGACUGUGCUAGCCUGCACCAGCAAAAUGUUUGAGAUCCUCUUCCACCGCAGCAGCCAGCAUUACACCCUGGACUUUCUUUCACCAAAGACAUUUCAGCAGAUUUUGGAGUAUGCUUACACUGCCACGCUCCAGGCCAAGGUGGAGGACUUAGAUGACCUGCUGUACGCAGCAGAGAUCCUGGAGAUUGAGUAUUUGGAAGAGCAAUGCCUCAAGAUCCUGGAAACCAUCCAGUCCUCAGAUGAGAACGACGUGGAGGUGAACGUGAACGACGGGAGCACAGAGGACGAUGACGAGCGCAAAGGCCACAGCGGAGCCAAGAACAAAAAGCAUUCCAUGGAGAGUCUCUAUCUGUCAGGUACCCAGCAAGUUUCCACCAUGGCUGGCAUGGUGGACCAGAGUCCCUCAGUUUCCACCUCCUUUGGUGUCUCCACCCUGAGUCCCACUAAAGCUGCUGUGGACAGCCUGAUGAGUAUCGGUCAGUCUCUGCUCCAGCAGGGCUUUGGUGCUGAGCAACUUCUCCACGCCAACUCCCACCACAUGAUGUCUGAGAUCAAGACUGAAAUGAUGCAAGUGGACAUGGGAGGCAACGGCCACGAAAGCCCUCAGAACAUGGAGUCCGGUGGCUCCAGCAAUGGAGAGCGAAGUGGGGAGGACAGGAACCGAGACGGCCCAGGAACACCAACCAGGAGCAGCGUAAUCACCAGUGCCCGUGAGCUGCAUUACGUCCGUGAUGAAGGCAUGGGCGAUGCUCAAGCUGAUGUCAGCCAGAUGGGUCUGGAAGCAAUGGCUGGAAUGACAGAGAAACAUCUGGCCUCACUGUACUCCCUACCAGUCAAUCAUAAAUCAGAUGGCAUGAUGUCAAUGCCGGUAUCCAUGGCCUCCGCUCUCCCCAUGUCCCCAGCCCUGGCUAUGUCUAUGGACUUCAGUGCCUACGGGGGACUUCUGCCUCAGAGCUUCAUCCAGAGAGAAUUCUUCAGCAAGCUCGGGGAGCUGGCAGUGGGCGUGAAACCGGACGGCAGGAACCAGCAUGAACGUUGCAAUGUGUGUGGUGCAGAACUACCAGAUAACGAAUCUGUAGAGCAGCACAGGAAGAUGCACAGUGGAAUGAAGACCUACGGCUGUGAGCUGUGUGGGAAGAGCUUCCUGGACAGCCUCCGUCUACGGAUGCAUUUGCUGUCUCAUUCAGCUGGUGAGAAGGCCAUCGUUUGUGACCAGUGUGGCGCCCAGUUCCAGACGGAGGAAUCUCUGGAGGCUCACAGGCAGAUCCACACCGGGUCGGACAUGGCCAUCUUCUGCCUGCUUUGUGGGAAGCGUUUCCAGACCCAGACGGCAUUGCAGCAGCACAUGGAAGUCCACGCCGGUGUCCGCAGCUAUAUUUGUAGUGAAUGCAACCGGACUUUCCCCAGCCAUACUGCACUCAAACGUCACCUACGUUCACACACAGCAGGGGACCACCCAUACGAGUGUGAGUUCUGCGGGAGCUGCUUCCGAGAUGAGAGCACGCUGAAGGGCCACAAACGCAUCCACACCGGGGAGAAGCCCUAUGAAUGUAACGGCUGUGGGAAGAAGUUCAGCCUCAAGCACCAGCUGGAGACCCACUACCGUGUGCACACAGGUGAGAAGCCAUUCGAGUGCAAGCUGUGCCACCAGCGAUCCAGGGACUACUCGGCCAUGAUCAAGCACCUGCGCACCCACAACGGCGCCUCGCCCUACCAAUGCACCAUCUGCCUGGAGUACUGCCCCAGCCUGUCAGCCAUGCAGAAGCACAUGAAAGGCCACAAGCCGGAAGACAUCCCCCCAGACUGGCGCAUAGAGAAGACCUACCUGUACCUGUGCUAUGUCUGAGACCGGAAGAGUAAAGAGAUGGAGGGAGGGGGGGCACGUGUGAUGGUAGGGACGGGUUUGUGAGGUAAGGGGAAUGUAAUUGAGUGGAUAGGAGGCGUGAGGCUAUGGUGGAGUGUUGACGAUUGAGGAAUGUCAACAACAAGAGACUCGAAAGCAAGAGGGUUUGUUUUCUCGUUUUUCUUUUCAUGCAAAGGCGGCAACAACCAAUGGGGGUAAAAGGGUGGUGAUGGUGGGACAAGAGUGCUAAGAAGAGGAAGACUUGGACACGGAGAGAGAUUCUCCACCAUUGUUCGGAUUUACCGGGUCAUUCACUACAUCUGCAACUGUGUUAUUGUUUCAGGUCAUUGCAUGCAGCACCAUAAAGUGAGCAAGCUGCAAGGAAGUGACAUUUGGAUGCUGCUGCCACAGCAGUGAGAGAGCAGAUUCUCAAGGGCUAUCUGAACCUGUGCAUCCUUGUCAUUGGGAACCAAAUCUUUCACUCCAUUUUUGUAGAGUUUGUUUUCUUUCCAAACAGGGGAAAGGUUUUUUUUUGUGGUUCUACUUUGGUAUUUGGUUUGUUCACAUUCACCCUGCACAGUCAGACUAGUUAUGAUCACAUGGAGAUUAUGUGAAUAUGAGAAUCAAUUUAGGCCCCUAGUUCAUCAUGCUUUUGUCUACUUUCCAAGUAUUGAGGAAACCUUUCUUGUUCUGACCACAAACCACUAUGACUGAGUUAAAGAAACAAAUGUUUGGGUACUCAAAUCUUUUCCAUCCUCAAAUGGAAAACAUAUCUUAUUUGUCAACCUUGAACAUUUCAGCCUGACCAAUAGGCACACAUCUUCCCAGUUUUCACAUAAAAAAUAUGCCAAUGUAACCUGUCCUUUACAUAAGAUCCUUCAGAUCCCAGCGCCGGCAGCAGUGAGAUAGCCCCUGAGAAUCAGCAGCAGAGCUGGUAGGCGUAUUAAGUAGAUGAAACAAUUGAACUGGACGGAUGGGAGCACUACCGAGCACCGAUUUGGUUUUGGAUGGUGGAAGAUGCUAGUGCUGCUUUCUGUUGGAAGUCUGUUUUUCUCAGUAGUAUUCCUGGUUCUGCAUUUCUGACAGGGCUGGAGAUGGUUUGGUCACCACUGGCCACCCAUGGUUCUCCCCAGAGAGCCAAAUGCUAACUUUUUCAUCUAGUAUUUUUUUUUUUUUUUUUUUUUUUUUAGCUCUGCUUGAUUUAUCAUGGCUUGAUUGCACAGGUUAAACAAAUUACGACAACAGUCUCUGUUUGAUGCAAGGUAUAUAUUUUUCAUUACAUCAUAACUCACUAUAAACGGUAUUCUACAUUAAACCCAGCCUAUCUACCUUCUCAGCAAUAGACAACUGGACUGCUUUUAUCAUGUACAUUUAACCAGAUCAUAAUCUCACACUAACGACGAACUACACAAACUGACACAUAAACCGUAACACUUUUGACCGCAACAGAUCUGUCAAUUAACCGCAGUGAUGGAAAACAAAGUGGGGUGGGGGGGCGGGUAAAGGCUGCUUUUCUGUUGGGAGUCCUGUGACUUUGACUGCCAGAAGUGAAUGUUGAGGGAGAGUCCUGGGGAUGCCUUAGCUGCACGCCGUUACGUCUGUCAAAGGUGGUGUGGCAUUGUUUGAAGACUGUUAUAAUAUGGCAUCAAAACAUGAAUGUGAAAGACUGUAAGCCGGGUUCAUACAAGGCUAAGUUCAUACUGUGUCAAAAUAUAUAUCGCAGGUUAAUGCUGUCUUUCAUUCGAAGUCGGAAACCUAUAAUUCCUGUUUAGUUCAACUUGGACGAUUUCCUCCAACGUCAAACGAUGUUCCUCGUGCAAAAAGCUCAUACAUUAGCUAGCUAGCAACUGUAAAUGCUAUUUGAAUAUGUGUCAUUCUUCACCACCAGGAUCUUUAAAUUGACUGGACAAAGCAUAGAAGUUCAGGAGGGUUUUUGUUUUGAGAAUACACCACUAGAGCACAAUAUCAACUGAAACAAAGACCUUUAUCUGAGGGUGCUUUCUUGUAGUUACAUUAGUAGAUAUCGGGUUUUUUUAUAAAUGGAGCAUAUUCUCACAUAUAUUUGCAGUGCAUAUUACCACCGGGGCUUUAUAUUAAAAGCCCAUACAACAAAAAAUACUAUAUGUAAGAUGUCAUAUGUACUAUACUAUGUGUAUUGGAUACUUGUGUGCACUAAUGCAUAGAGUGGGAGAAAAAAGGAGGGACAAGUAAGCUCAUUUUUUAAGGGUUAAUUCCCUUCUUUUCCCUUUUGAGAAUAGUUACUAUGUUAAAAGUUUUGUGUUGCCUUUAUUGUGCUGCAUCUUGGGGGAAAAAUGCAACCUUUACUUACAAAAAACGCAGCAUGAGGCUCAAAUGGUGACUUUUUCUGACUUUUUUCUUUCUUUCUUUUUUUUGACUUCUCUGAAAUGCAGCAUUAGACCUGUAUGGCAUAUCGGUGGAACCUACGGCAUUACUGAACAUCACUGCAUGUCACAGCGUUACUGAGGUGAUCACAUAUCCAAAUGGUCGGUGGGAAAUUAAAAAAAGGGGGAAAUCACUGAUUUGGACGAGACACGGCCCAAGCAGCUUGAGGGGGGGGGGGGGGGGGGGGGG